AUGAACAAAUCACAUUCAUCUACAAUAGUCGUGGGUCGAAUAAAAUCAAGACGGGAAGAUGGAAGUGUAAAUUUUCCUCUAGAUCAUAAUGAUGCUACUUGGCCAUCCAGCCGGCUACUCACCACAAAUGAUCGUCAUGACAAUGCCGACCGGCACAUAACUCUAGCUGAACAACACACGGAUAUGAAUCAUGUGGCUUCUGAGUUUUCCUUUUUAAAUUACGUUCGGUGUCAUUUUGGUAAACAUGACCUUAAAUUGGCCAAAAAGCACGGGAAACUGGGGCCUAUGCAAAAAAGUGGACCAGAUGUGAAUUUUGUGUCUGAUGACCAUUCAGUCAUUUCCUCGCUUGAAAAAUCGAAGAACAUUUCGGUUUCUGAUAGUAUGGUCCAACUACGCGGUGGAAUCCUCGAAAACUAUCAGAAUAUCGUUCGUAAAGCCAGUCCUUCCCCCUCAUCCUCUUCAUCUGACAAUAGUUCAAGCUUUAGUCCCUCGAUUUCAUCAGACAACUCCAGCGACACAGCAGCUGAUGAUGAUGAAUCUUCCACCGACUCUUCAUCUCAGUCUGAGGAUGAACUUUCGCCGCCAGAGCCACCCGAUGGUGGAUGGGGGUGGGUUAUCGUGAUUGCCACUUUUUUCAUCCAAAUGAUUGACGACGGAGUUGCGACAUCUUUCGGCAUCUUUCUUGAUGACCUCACUGAAGAAUUCGGGGCUUCUUUGAGUGUUGCAUCUUGGGUUGGUUCCUUCAGCUAUGGUAUUCCCUGCCUAGCGGCUCCAGUAGCUUCAAUGCUCAUUAAUAAGUUUCAGUGUCGCAAAGUUUGCGUGAUUGGCGGGCUGAUUAGUGCCGUAGGCUGUGCCCUUGCAUUCUUUGUAGAGUCUAUGCUCGGCCUGGUUCUCACUUUUGGUAUUCUUGUUGGACUGGGAGCAAGUCUUUCCUCCACUGCUGCAUUGAUUAUUGUCUCAUUGUAUUUUGAAGAUCGGCGUGCAACAGCUACUGGCCUUUCCAUCGCUGGAUCCGGAGUAGGCUCAUUUGUUUUCGCUCCACUUGUCAAUUAUCUCAUUACUAUCUACACCUGGCGUGGAGCGAUUCUCGUUCUCUCAGGAAUCUUUACUCACAUUGUGGUGUUUGGGUGCCUGAUGCGACCCUUGGAGACUGGGCGUCAGCGAAGGAAACGUCAGCUUCUUCUAAGAAUGGAGAACUUUGCUAAGGAGUCGGGAUUCAAGCUGCCGGAGGUGUAUCUCAAGAGUGAGGAUGAAAAUGUCGAUCGUCGCAUCCAUCUUUUACGGAGACUUCUUAUCAGUCCACAACGUCACAGUUCCUCGGAUUCUACGUCAGAUUUAUCAAUGGGCUCUUUGUUGAUCACUGUCGAUUCCUGUUUAAAGGAUAACAUUAAAGUUGAGGAUGGCAAAGAGAUGCAAAAAAUUACCCAACCGAGACUCUCAUUUUCAGACAUCACUGAAUCGAAGGAGAAUUUAUCAAACGCACAUCAACAUCCGCCUGUACUAUCAGCUGCAACAAGCAUUCGAAAUGCCCUCUCACUUAUUCCACCCGUCUACGGGCGAACCAAACGAUCAGUUUAUCACCGAUCAGCUGCAUUUCAGUCCACCACGCAAAAACACAUUCGACCCACCUUCAGUAUGCCAGAUUUGCUGGGUUCAACACCAUCCCUUCUCUCCUCAUCUUCCGCCUCUUCUGGCCCAGUGGCCCGUGUUCGACAGCAUCUGCAUUUCAUUCGCCGAUAUUUUUACCGCCAGUUGCGUAAUGCAGUGGACCCUUCUAUAUUCUGGAGUUUUUCUUUUAAUCUUUUUCUCCUCUCUACACUGGGUCUUUUCUUCUGGUGCAACGUGACCUACUUCUUCAUCACUAUUUAUGCGAACUCGCAAGUGGGCAUCUCCAAUCGCUUGGCUGCGAUGCUGUUGGCCAUCAUGGGGGGCUCAGACAUGGUGGGUGAGGUGGUGUAUGGUUGGGCUGCGGAUCAAGAAUGGUCGAACAUCCUCCAUUUAUACACCUCCGGUGUAGUCGUUUGUGGUAUCGCAACAAUGCUUGUUCCUGUGGCAACUUCAUUCGGCGCUCUUGUCGUCUACAACUAUCAUAAUGAUGCUACUUGGCCAUCCAGCCGGCUACUCACCACAAAUGAUCGUCAUGACAAUGCCGACCGGCACAUAACUCUAGCUGAACAACACACGGAUAUGAAUCAUGUGGCUUCUGAGUUUUCCUUUUUAAAUUACGUUCGGUGUCAUUUUGGUAAACAUGACCUUAAAUUGGCCAAAAAGCACGGGAAACUGGGGCCUAUGCAAAAAAGUGGACCAGAUGUGAAUUUUGUGUCUGAUGACCAUUCAGUCAUUUCCUCGCUUGAAAAAUCGAAGAACAUUUCGGUUUCUGAUAGUAUGGUCCAACUACGCGGUGGAAUCCUCGAAAACUAUCAGAAUAUCGUUCGUAAAGCCAGUCCUUCCCCCUCAUCCUCUUCAUCUGACAAUAGUUCAAGCUUUAGUCCCUCGAUUUCAUCAGACAACUCCAGCGACACAGCAGCUGAUGAUGAUGAAUCUUCCACCGACUCUUCAUCUCAGUCUGAGGAUGAACUUUCGCCGCCAGAGCCACCCGAUGGUGGAUGGGGGUGGGUUAUCGUGAUUGCCACUUUUUUCAUCCAAAUGAUUGACGACGGAGUUGCGACAUCUUUCGGCAUCUUUCUUGAUGACCUCACUGAAGAAUUCGGGGCUUCUUUGAGUGUUGCAUCUUGGGUUGGUUCCUUCAGCUAUGGUAUUCCCUGCCUAGCGGCUCCAGUAGCUUCAAUGCUCAUUAAUAAGUUUCAGUGUCGCAAAGUUUGCGUGAUUGGCGGGCUGAUUAGUGCCGUAGGCUGUGCCCUUGCAUUCUUUGUAGAGUCUAUGCUCGGCCUGGUUCUCACUUUUGGUAUUCUUGUUGGACUGGGAGCAAGUCUUUCCUCCACUGCUGCAUUGAUUAUUGUCUCAUUGUAUUUUGAAGAUCGGCGUGCAACAGCUACUGGCCUUUCCAUCGCUGGAUCCGGAGUAGGCUCAUUUGUUUUCGCUCCACUUGUCAAUUAUCUCAUUACUAUCUACACCUGGCGUGGAGCGAUUCUCGUUCUCUCAGGAAUCUUUACUCACAUUGUGGUGUUUGGGUGCCUGAUGCGACCCUUGGAGACUGGGCGUCAGCGAAGGAAACGUCAGCUUCUUCUAAGAAUGGAGAACUUUGCUAAGGAGUCGGGAUUCAAGCUGCCGGAGGUGUAUCUCAAGAGUGAGGAUGAAAAUGUCGAUCGUCGCAUCCAUCUUUUACGGAGACUUCUUAUCAGUCCACAACGUCACAGUUCCUCGGAUUCUACGUCAGAUUUAUCAAUGGGCUCUUUGUUGAUCACUGUCGAUUCCUGUUUAAAGGAUAACAUUAAAGUUGAGGAUGGCAAAGAGAUGCAAAAAAUUACCCAACCGAGACUCUCAUUUUCAGACAUCACUGAAUCGAAGGAGAAUUUAUCAAACGCACAUCAACAUCCGCCUGUACUAUCAGCUGCAACAAGCAUUCGAAAUGCCCUCUCACUUAUUCCACCCGUCUACGGGCGAACCAAACGAUCAGUUUAUCACCGAUCAGCUGCAUUUCAGUCCACCACGCAAAAACACAUUCGACCCACCUUCAGUAUGCCAGAUUUGCUGGGUUCAACACCAUCCCUUCUCUCCUCAUCUUCCGCCUCUUCUGGCCCAGUGGCCCGUGUUCGACAGCAUCUGCAUUUCAUUCGCCGAUAUUUUUACCGCCAGUUGCGUAAUGCAGUGGACCCUUCUAUAUUCUGGAGUUUUUCUUUUAAUCUUUUUCUCCUCUCUACACUGGGUCUUUUCUUCUGGUGCAACGUGACCUACUUCUUCAUCACUAUUUAUGCGAACUCGCAAGUGGGCAUCUCCAAUCGCUUGGCUGCGAUGCUGUUGGCCAUCAUGGGGGGCUCAGACAUGGUGGGUGAGGUGGUGUAUGGUUGGGCUGCGGAUCAAGAAUGGUCGAACAUCCUCCAUUUAUACACCUCCGGUGUAGUCGUUUGUGGUAUCGCAACAAUGCUUGUUCCUGUGGCAACUUCAUUCGGCGCUCUUGUCGUCUACAACUUGGUCUUCGGUUUCACUAUGGCGGCCAAUGACUCGUUAUGCACAAUCGUCAUCAUUGAGUUCCUUGGCCUGAGUCGUCUUGUUAGUGGUCUCGGUUUCUGCCUCUUCUGUCAGGGCGUCGCGUCCAUUUUCGGCCCCCCGGUCAUCGGAUUUAUAAUUGACGCAACCGAGUCCUACACAGUUGCCUUCACCGUUUGUGGCGCGGGCGUGCUUCUAGCUGGUUUGGUGAUGCUGCCGGCGAUAGUCCGACAGCUACAACACCGUCGGGCAAAACGACGUCGCCUGGAGGCUCGAAGACAGGCAGCCAGCGCCACUGCUGCCGCUGGCGAAAGGACUGAAAAUGGCAACGUGUUGAUUUGCUCAAGUCCCUCACCCAUCUAA